AUGCCUGCUGAGUUCCUUGCCAUGCACCCCCCUCCACUCUGGCUCACUCUCUACCACCUAGUCACCCGCCUCCCUGACACACUGCGUGCUGUCAGGGACCACUUCCUAGCUCGUUGCCCCACUGAGCUCACCAUUGCCCUCCUCGAGAAGGAGCUACUUGCAGCUGAGACUAGCAUAGUCGCUGUAGGUGCCUCUCGUGGCGACCCCCAUACCCCGUUCUUUGAGGGAUGUUCUCCUUCCCCCCUUCUUCCCUCUGUCGCCUCUGCUGCUGCUGUCGACCUUCUUGGUACUGAGAAGGUCGGCGCUGCGUCUGCCUCGAGCGGACGCCGUAGCGGCAAGGGCAAAGGGGGCAAGGGUGGUGGCGGUGACGGCGAGGGAGGCGGCGGUGGGGGCGGUGGAGGCAGUGGGGGUGGUGGCUCGGCUGGAGGGGCGAGUGGUAGCGGUGGGGGUGGUGGCGGCAGCGGCGGGGGAGGUGGCAGGAGUGGAGGCGGCGGUUGGGGUGGUGGUGGACGAGGCGGCGGCAGGGGUUGGGGUGGUCGAGGCGGUGGCAGCGGUGGUGGUGGCCGUGGAGGCACUGGCAGUGGCCAGGGCCAGCAGCACACUCCCUCGCCCCAGGAUGUCCGUGAGUGGUACUCUCAGCACGGGGGUGGGGGUGGUCUUAGCUGCACGUACGUCAUUCGCACUGGUGACCGCACUGGUCAGCAGUGUGGACGACCGCACGCCACACAGCGCUGCUUCUCUCGUCUCGACGACGCUUGGCGUGUUCAGUUCCCUCAGGCCACUGAGCUGCCCCGCUGGCUUGAUCUCCUGAAGAAGGGGAUUGAUAUCUAUGCUUUAGACUUUGAUGCUAUUCUAUCUGCCAUGUAUGUGAUGUCUACUAGUGGAGAGGGUGCCGAGUACUUGUGUGUGCCGCCCGACCCGGGCAUUAGGGCCAGUGCGUCUGCCGCUCCAGGUACUCGCGUGUCGGCUACCCCAGGUGCUGGUGAGGCUGCUGCUCUAGGUGCUCGUGUGUCUCCCCCCCUUGGUACUGCGUCGACUGCCGCACUGCACACCUUCACACUGGACUCAGGUGCUUCUCGCUGCUUCUUUCGUGACCGCACUGCCCUUGAGCCGCUUGCUCGGCCAGUUGCUGUCUCCCUUGCUGACCCCUCUGGGGGUCCGGUCAUUGCGACCUCUUCCACUGUCCUUCCCUGCCCUGCGGUCCCGUCGGGCACACUGUCAGGUCUCCACCUCCCCUCGUUCUCUACAAACUUGGUGGCAGGAUGUGCACUCCAGGACGGGGGUGUUCACCAGUUCACCCCUGCCUACGAGCGCGUGAUACACUGCACGUGUGCUCGUACGGGCCGUCACUUGGCUACCUUCACUCGGCAGCCGGGGUCGGACCUGUACACACUGACUACUGAGUCCCGUCAGGUUGCUGCGACUGCGUCCGCGUCCGCGUCAGGUCAGCUGUCCGCCCCCUGCUCGUGUCGCUCUUUGGCACACGAGACUGUCCUCUGGCACCACCGCCUUGGCCACCCGUCUGUGCAGCGGCUUCGUGCCAUGCACUCCCGGUACCUUGUCUCUGGCCUGCCCAGGGUCCUUCCUGCCCUCCCACCCUCGCCUGCUCCUACCUGUCUCCCCUGUGUCGAGGGACGGCAGCGCGCCGCUCCUCACUCCUCCUCGUUCCCCCCGACGACUGCUCCCUUGCAGACACUCCACAUGGACGUGUGGGGCCCAGCCCGCGUCCGUGGUCAGGGUCAGAAGAGGUACUUCCUGAUAGUUGUAGACGACUACUCGCGCUACACCUCGGUCUUCCCCUUGCGCACCAAGGGUGAGGUCCCUGAUGUCUUGAUCCCUUGGAUCCGCAGAGCCCGUCUCCAGCUCAGCGAGCGUUUUCACUCGGACUUUCCUGUCCUGCGCUUGCACUCUGACAGAGGUGGUGAGUUCUCCUCCGACCUCUUGGCAGCCUACUGUGCUGAGCAUGGCAUUGAGCAGUCGUUCACGCUUCCGGCUUCUCCACAACAGAAUGGGGUUGCGGAGUGCCGCAUUGGCCUGGUCAUGGAGGUCGCCCGUACCUCCUUGAUCCAUGCGGCUGCCCCCCACUUUCUGUGGCCGUUUGCGGUCCGGUUCGCUGCGCAUCAGCUCAACCUCUGGCCCCGUGUCUCCUUGCCGGAGACCUCGCCCACGCUGCUGUGGACGGGGGAGGUUGGCGAUGCGUCGCGUUUCCGGGUCUGGGGGUCUCGAGCUUUUGUCCGCGAUUCGUCUGCGGACAAGCUCUCCUCCCGUGCUGUUCCCUGCGUCUUCCUCGGCUUUUUCCCGGACGCGUCUGGUUGGCAGUUUUACCACGCCACCUCGCGCCGAGUCUUGCCCUCCCAGGACGUCACUUUUGACGAGUCUGUCCCCUACUACCGCCUCUUCCCCUACCGCACUGCCCCGCUCCCCCCCCCGCCUCUCUUCCUCGCGCCAGGUGCUGCUGUUGCAGACCCCCUCCCCCCUCAGGGUGCCGCUCCCUCAGAUGUGUCUCAGGUAGACCCGGUUGAGCCUGUUGAGGUAGCUGUCGACUCUCGUCCUGCUGGGGGUGCUGAGCCUGUGGGUGCUGAGCCUGGGGGUGUGGAGCCUGGGGGUGUGGAGCUUGGGGGUGUGGAGCUUGAGGGUGCUGAGAUUGGGGGUGUGGAGCCUCAUGGUGCUGAGUUGUGGAGUCCGGAGUCUGGGGGUUCUGAGUCUGGAGGUACUAGGCCUGGGAGUCCUCCACCUGGAGGAGCCCUCUCCUCGGAGCAGCUGCGUGCGUGGUACUUAGAGUACUGCAGCCUCCGGAGAGGUACCGCUCGAGCCGGACGUACUACUGGGACUGGUGCUGGUGCUUCCUCUCCCGUUCAAGAGCUCCCCUCCCGCGAGCGGAUCCGUGAGUGGUACGAGCGGCGCUGCACUCUUCCGAGUGGCGUGCCUCGUGUUACGGACCCCGCUGCUGUUGGAGCUGCUGCUGGUGCUGAGGACCCGGGCGUUGGAGCUGCUGCUGGUGCUGAGGAUCCGGGCGUUGGAGCUGCUGCUGGUGCUGAGGAUCCGGGCGUUGGAGCUGCUGCUGGUGCUGAGGACCCGGGCGUUGGAGCCGCUGCUGGUGCUGAGGAUCCGGGCGUUGGAGCUGCUGCUGGUGCUGCGGACCCGGGCGUUGGAGCUGCUACUGGCGCUGAGGACCCGGGCGUUGGAGCUGCCGCUGGUGCUGAGGACGUGGGCGCUGGAGCUACUGAUAGUGCUGUGGACCCUGGUGCGGGUGUCCCUGCUGGCUCUGGUGUCGCUGCUCGGUCUCGGCCGUACUUUGUUCCGCUCCUUCUGCAGGUUCUUGGUCAGCUUCCUCCUCCUUUUCCUCCUCCCUCCUUUGCGUGUCCUCCGCCUGUUCAGCUGCAGUCGGCGUUACCGUCUGCCUCCUCUCUCCCUGGUCCUGCUCCUUACACUGGUCUGACUGUAGGCACUCACCGGAUGGCGCUUCGUCCGUCCACUGCUCAAAAGCGUGUCCCACUGCCGUCUCCUCCUUCUUCCUCUCUUCCUGCUCUUGCUGACCCUGGGUCAGACUCUCUUCGUGCUACCAGUCCUACUGUCACGCGUCUCCUGGCUACUGUUGUCACUGACCCUUCCUUUGCGUCUGCUGCUGCGUCUGCCUUAGUUGCUGAGCUUGUCGACUUUGCUGCUCGCUGUCGUCUAGACUACGCUGCUAGCCUAGUUGCUGAGUCUGAGUCUGUCUGUCCUCCGUCCAUCGGGGGUGAGUUUGCUCUUGGCACUGACGUCCUUGAGGACAGGCAGGAGGAGUUUGAGUGCUUUGCUGCUACUUUGCCCCAUCUCGUGUCCAUGCUUGUUGCCCCUGAGGGAGACCCGGAUGCACCAGACAUCCCGACCCCACGCUCUUACGCAGAGGCAAUGGCCGGUCCCUACUCCUCUCAGUGGCAGUCAGCCAUGGACACAGAGAUGGCUUCCUGGAAGUCCACAGGCACCUACGUCGACGAGGUUCCCCUACCUGGGGCGAACAUCGUCAGUGGCAUGUGGAUUUUCAGGAUGACCACUCUUCGGGUUCUGCUGCACGUCGCCGCUCAGCGUGACUACGAGCUCCACUCGCUUGACUUCAGCACUGCUUUCCUGCAGGGCAGUCUGCACGAGGAGAUCUGGCUGCGCCGUCCACCUAGCUUCACUGGGUCGUUCCCUCCUGGUACCCAGUGGAGCCUCCGACGGCCAGUCUACGGUCUCCGCCAUACACCUCAUGAGUGGCACGACACACUGAGGACUACUCUUGCGGCUCUUGGGUUCGCGCCUUCUACUGCUGACCCGUCGCUGUUUCUACGCACCGACACCUCAUUGCCGCCGUUCUACGUCCUUGUGUACGUCGACGACUUGGUCUUUGCUACUGCUGACACUGUGGCACUCGCCCACGUGAAGUCCGAGCUGCAGAAGAGACACACGUGCACAGACCUGGGUGAACUGCGUAGCUAUCUUGGCUUGCGGAUCACCCGGGACAGAGCACGCCGCACCAUCACCUUGACUCAGUCACACAUGGUGCAGCAGGUCCUUCAGCGCUUCAGCUUCACGUACUCCUCGCCUCAGCCCACUCCUCUGCCUAACGGUCACUCGCUCUCAACUCUGCCUUCGGAUGAGUCCGUAGAGCCGAGUGGCCCGUAUCCAGAGCUUGUGGGUUGCCUCAUGUACCUGAUGACCUGCACUCGACCAGACCUUGCAUACCCCUUCAGCAUUCUUGCACGCUUUGUCGCUCCCGGCCGUCACCGGAAGGAGCACAUGGAUGCAGCUAAGAGGGUGUUGCGCUACUUGUGCAAUACGUCGGGCAUGGGGCUAGUGCUUGGAGGGCGAGUCCCAGUUGUUCUCACUGGGCACUCAGACGCUUCUUGGGCAGACGACCAGGCUACUCAGCGGUCGUCUCAGGGUUACUCCUUCAGUCUUGGCUCUGGUUCAGUUUCUUGGCGUUCUACUCGCUCUUCUUCUGUUCUCAGCUCCAGUUGUGAGGCUGAGAUCUACGCCACAGCCAUGGCGGCCCAGGAUCUACGCUGGCUCACCUACUUGCUGACCGACCUUGGAGAGCAGCCUCGUUCUUCUCAAGUGCUGUACGUUGACAACAAGGCAGCCAUUGCCUUGUGUGAGGAGCACAGACUGGAGCACAGAACGAAGCACAUUGCUCUGCGUUACUUCCUUGCUCGAGAGCUGCAGCAGCGUGGUCAUCUUCGCCUGCGUUACGUGGCCUCUGAGGCCAACACUGCUGAUGUGUUCACCAAGGCGCUUCAGCCUUGUGACCAUCAGCGCUUUUGCACUCUUCUAGGCCUUGUGCCUACUGGACCUCACUUGCUUACUUCUUGA